AUGAAAAGCCAAACCUUUCUUCUUCAAGAAGGGCCGAAAAUCAUGGAACGUUCUCUCACUUGUUUCGCACUAUUUAAGGCCCAGACAAUAUAUCUCCACACUUUGACUAAUAUGUUGGCACCUAAGGAAAGUGUUCUAUUCCUCCUACAGGUAGAUGGUGGGCUGGACAAACGGAUGGACCCUAUUGAUGAUUACUGGACCAGGAAGCAUAGACCCGGAUACAAAAUACAAACCCAAUAUAAUACAAAUACAUAG